AUGAACAUUCUAUUCAUCCUUGUCGGCAGCAUCAUUUUUGCGUCCAUCUUUUCCAUAUUCAAGGUAGUAUUUCAGAUACCUGAUCAUGAAAGACCAUCCAACCCAACAUCUCCUACACUGCUGAGAGCAAAUUCCUUUUGGUCAUAUAGGAACACUGGUCUGAGUUUCCCUGGGAACAGCUACAACCAAGAUAUGAUGAAUAAUUUUCCACGAACACUAGCCUUGCACAAACGAAUACUGGUCAAUCUGAACAUCAUGGAAUGCCAACUGACUAAGCUGGAGCAAUUCCUGUCUUCAAAGAACCCACAAGGCCAUACAAAGCAUAGGCGGAGAGCCACUGUGAGAAUUCCUAUGGAAAGCGACAGUGGAAGCAACCAAUAA